AUGCAAGAUGGCAAACCACAGUUAUUUUAAUAGAUGGUUUGGAGACUCGACGAAAGUACAAUAUAACUCAUUAACUAUGUUAUUGUCCAGCUUUAUGUAAGAAUGUGAUCCUAUCUCGUCACGUGUGUAUUGUAUUUUCGCUCAAAUAACCAAUAACAAGUUUGUGGUUGUGUUAUCCAUCCGUAACUUGAACAAAUGCUCAAUUUAAACAUUGUUGUUAUUGGUUGUGCCGGAAAAAUCCAAUACACACGUGACGAAAUUCUUGCAUAAACCGAAACCAACAUAGUUAAUGAGUUAUAUUGUACUUUCAUCGAGUCUCCAAACCAUGUAUUCUAUUAACUGUGGGCAAACCAAUUGAAUACGCCUCAAGAGCACUGACUCCUGCUGAACGGAAUUGGGCACAAAUUGAAAAAGAAACCCUAGCUGUGGUGUUCGGUCUUGAACGAUUUGACCAGUAUACGUAUGGCAGAAAAGUCAUAGUACAGAAUGACCACAAGCCUCUGACCUCAAUCCUGAAGAAACCUUUGAGCCAGACCCCAAAACGACUACAAGCACUGAUGCUACAAGUUCAUCGCUAUGACAUUGAAUUUCACUACAUUCAAGGAAGUCAAGAGCUUUUCUUGAUGUUCCUGACGCACAGGUGA